UAAAAUAUUUGUUAUUUAUUUUAAGUUUGAAUAUUUAAAAUGAAAUGUGGGAUUAAUAUUCAUGAAUAUGGUAGCUUUAUUUUAUACAUAAACUUCAAAUCGCCUUUCUUGUCAGAUGGUUAAUCAGACUGACAUUAAGGCAAAUUGAAACUACCUUCUAAUAUAUUUAUACCAUGAUUAAUAUUUUUCUUUUAAAAUAUUUUAUACAAACAUACAUGUAAAUAAUCGAAUUUCGCAUUGGAUAAUAACCAAGAAAUAUCAACAAAUAACGAUAGAAAUUGUAAAUUCUUAAGAGCUUUUCAAUUCGCAGAUAUUUGGUUGUUUAGUUGUUGCAACGUCUAUUGGUGUGCUGAUUUUUUUGUCUUAUGGUUUACUUCAAAUAAUGGGCAGGAUAAAAGCAUAAAAUUUAAAUCAUUUAAUGUAAAUCUGGCAAUGACAUUGGACAAGACCAUUUUGCAAAAUAGAUUCGAGACUCAUUCGACACUUACGGUAGCUCAAAAGAUAAUUUUCUUUUCAAUCGGAUUAGUUGUUGCAUUAAUGAUUUUUGUGCUAAUUAAUCUUUUUGGGCAAAAUAAAACAUAAACAUUUAAUCAAGAAAUAAUAUCAAGAUAUUCUUCGCCGUCUGAUUGAUCAAAUAAUUAACAUGUCUAAAAGUUCAAGAACACCAUCGCCCAGUUCUAGUUCAAAAUCUUUGAACAGAAAAAGAAAACCACUGUCAAAUAGGGUAAAAUUUAAGCAUACUACUGCUUUAAAACCAAAUCAAUCUGUGCGCUUAAGUAAACAUUCUCGCAUUGAAGCCGAAAUUGAUCAAUUUCCUUUUGAUUUCAAAAAUAUGUUUAAAAGCCGAAGAUCACAAAUGAUUAGUGACAGUAGUGAUGAUCGGUAUAGUGUUAAGGGUAGACGUGAACGAUCCGUCAAAAAUAUUCGUAUUACAGAUAUAUCGGAUGAUGAAAUCUACGUUAUGGCUGAUAUAUUUGAUUAUCAGCAGCUACCAAAUAUGUCAGACUUUACUGAAGGGUUCAGCGGAUUCUUUUUGACGGCUUUGGCAGUUACUCUUUUAAUAAGCUUUUCUUUUAUGGUUGUUUUUUCAAUUGAUGCAAUAAGUGAUGGAUUUGUAGUAAUUAAAAAGACAAUAUUUUGAUUAUUAGACUAGUUAAAUAAAAUGUUGUUAUUUAGUAAAAAUUUACAGUUUGAAUCAA